UAAUACGUGUUCCUACUUUAUUCCUUCCAUUUAACAAUUUUUUUCUUCAUACUAUAAUUAAAACUAUUAUCUUUUCCUCCUCUCUUCUCUCCACAUAGAAUUCAUUUUUCUGCAAGAGUAUCAAGUAUCAACCAUGGGUGGUGAAAAGACUGGGAAGCCUACCAUUAUGGUGCUCAAGGUUGAUCUUCAAUGUUGCAGCUGCUACAAGAAGGUUAAAAAAAUUCUUUGUAAAUUCCCUCAAAUUAGAGACCAGGUAUAUGAUGAGAAGUGCAAUACAGUUACAAUCACUGUGGUAUGUUGCAAUCCUGAGAAACUUCGCGACAAAUUGUGUUGUAAAGGAUGUGGAGUGAUCAAAAGCAUUGAAAUCAAAGAGCCCGAAAAGCCUAAACAGCCCGAAAAGCCCAAACAACCCGAAAAACCCAAAGAGCCCGAAAAGCCAAAGGAGCCCGAAAAACCAAAGCAGCCCGAAAAGCCUAAGCAGCCCGAAAAGCCCAAAGAGCCCGAAAAGCCGAAAUGUCAACCCGAAAAGCCCAAGAGCCCGAAAUGUCAGCCCGAAAAGCCCAAGAGCCCGAAAUGUCAGCCCGAAAAGCCCAAGAGCCCGAAAUGUCAACCCGAAAAGCCCAAGAGCCCGAAAUGUCAACCACCAGCGCCACCGCCAGGAUAUUGUUGUGGAGAAUGUUACAAAGGUUAUACCGGUGGCCCAUGUUAUCAUCAGCCCGAAAAGCCCAAGAGCCCGAAAUGUCAACCACCAGCGCCACCGCCAGGAUAUUGUUGUGGAGAAUGUUACGAAGGUUAUACCGGUGGCCCAUGUUAUCAUCCGCACGGAAGACCUGUCCCUCCGCCCCCAGGAUAUUGUUGUGGACAAUGCUAUGAAGGCUCUACGGGGGGCCCAUGUUAUCAUUCGCAUGGAAGACCGGUCUCUCCGCCCCCAGGAUAUUGUUGCGGAGAUUGCUACGAAGGCUCUACAGGGGGACCAUGUUAUCAAUUGUAUGGAGGACCUGUCCCUCCGCCCCCGUGUUACGAUUACUAUGGGCCUGGGCCUGGGCGGGAUGGCUACCGAAGGGGCUAUCGUGUGAGCAGAUGUGAUGAGUACUUCAAUGAAGAAAAUGCCACAGGAUGCUCAAUUAUGUAAGGUGGCUGGCAGCUUGAUUGUUUUGGGUGAUUAUCUGGGCUUAUCAAUGUAUCUUUUGAUUGGGCUCCUCUUAAUAUGGUUGUCUUUUUCUUUACAGAAAGCCUUUUAUCAUCUUUGCUUUUUCUUUUGUCAAAUAGAAUAAAAAUCCUUAACCCUGUUGUUGGUAAAGCUUUGAUUAAUAAAUGCCAUUGUUCAACAUUA